ACGAUCAUAUCAUACAUCGACAUUUGCGUUCGCUGAGUUCGCUCCUCUGGUAUUCAAGUGUAAGGUGUAAGAAUCAAAAGCCGCUGACAAUGAUUUCAUCUGUCAAUCGCCGUACAAACCUGAAAAUAGCAUCUGGAGCAUUAGUAUGUGAGGAGAGUAUUUUAAAAGGAGACAUUACCAUUGGGCCAAAAACUGUAAUACAUCCGAGAGCAAGUAUCAUUGCCGAAGCUGGUCCAAUUAUAAUAGGUGAAGGGAACAUUAUUGAGGAAAUGGCAACCAUAGUGAACAGACUACCACCAAAUGCUCAAGAACCAACAACAACGCCUGUGCAAAUAAUAGGCAGUUAUAACGUAUUUGAAGCUGAUUGCAUGUGUGAGGCGUUUAAAGUCGGAGAUAAUAAUAUCUUGGAAACCAAAGCACAUGUCGGUCGUGAAGUUGAAUUGACCAACGGCUGUAUAAUAGGAGCUUUGUGUUCAUUGACAGAACCGGAUACAAUACCCGAAAAUACUAUAAUAUAUGGGAGUGAAUGUCAUCGUAGAGAAAUGAAUGAUAAACCAUAUCCUCCAAUAAGUCAAAUAGAAUUUCUACAUAAGAUCUUACCAAGUUAUCAUCAUAUACGUAAAUCGAACAUGAAGCCUAUGAAACUUGAGGGCGAUACGUAAUUUAUAAUGUUUAUGAUACAGUCACUAUCUAAUCAAUUACUUAUUAAUUAAAUAUAUCUAUCUUCAAUGUGCAAUAUGCACUUCAGAAGUUAAGAAUAUAGUCGAAAUACAUUACAUAUUAUUAUUUAUUUUGUAUAUUGUGUACUACAAAGUAUUAUUAUUAUUAUUAUUUAAUAAAAUUUUGAAACUUAUAUACAAUUUUUUAUCCUAAAUCUGGAGCUUUUCUUCCUUUGGACUAUUAGAUAACAUCAUAACUUUCUUGUCUCUACCGUAACCGCUGUAUGUUGCUCACCCAGAAAAUAUUAGUAAAGACGUCGAGGAGAGAUUAUUAUCUGUAACCUAUAGACUUAGUAAAAAAUCCAGUAAUCUAUUGUAAACAUUCUGAUUAAUAAAUGAAUGAAAGCAAA